AUGCAUCCCUCGCUGGAGCACAUUGAUGCUUGCCUUCCUAUAGCAGCGCUGAAAGCAUUUGAUCUGGGAGAUAAUAGGCUUCUUUUUGAAGGCCAAGGUCCACAUGUGCGGUUGUUUGAUGAAGGCAGCGGCAGACUGCUAGCCAGUCUGCAGACUUUCAAGCGAAGCAACAUCCAUGGAUUCAUUGUUCUCAAUCAAGAGCAGCAAGAUACAGCGAAAGCAUGUGCUCAGCUUCUAGCCUGGGGAGGCGAAUCAUUGAGACUCCUUAGCUUGUGUAUUACUAACAAGCCCUCUGGUGAAGUGGAGGCGUCUUUACGGACCACAUGUGCUGAGUAUUUGGCACCAGAUUGGAUAUUGGCCGGAUGUACGCCUGACAUCAAAAAGGAACCAAUGGAAGCCUACAUGGUAACAGCCCAUAAUGCGAUUCUUCGCAUGUCUGUUGUAGACGGGACCUCCUUAGGAUACGCGAAGAGUAUUCGAUUGCAACACCUCGUGGCGGGAGUUAAAACCCUUCUCUACUCGGCUGAUACCAUUUCGUGCUCGUCCUCUCACAUCCUGAUUGCUUCCGGGACCAUCUUUGGCGAAGUUAUUGUCUGGUCUUGCUAUUUAAACGAAGAGGACAGUCUUUUCAAUGCAGUGGCCUCAAUUCAUCACUUUUUUACCGGUCACGAAGGGUCUAUUUUCGGAGUCCGGAUAUCCCAUAUGGUCUCUUUACCUGGCAACUCUACUGGACGACUGCUGGCUAGCUGUAGUGAUGAUAGAACCAUCAGAAUCUGGAACAUAUCUGAUUGUGAGAAGUCAUCACGCCAUGAUCCUUCUGCCUAUUCCACGGACGGCUUCGAACUUCGAACCACAGGUUUUGGUGAUAGCACUCUCGGCUCCGAGUCCUGCAUCGCGAGUGCUUUUGGCCACCAGGCGCGGAUAUGGAAUGUGUUUUUUCUCACGACAACGAUUGGUGACAAAGGUAGACUGAAUCUUGUUUCGCGUGGUGAAGAUGCCACUUGUCUCGUGUGGGAUCUCAGCUGGGAUCCUUCGUCGCCAGAAUCGGACUUCAAGCUGAGUGAGAUUUCUAACCUGCAUCAACACUCCGGGAAGCACAUAUGGGCUUCUGAUAUGCGUAGCAUAGGUGCCGAGACGACAGUGUAUACUGGGGGCUCUGAUGGUGCGUUAAAGUGUUUCAAGUUAGGGAUAGACGAGACAGGGGCCGUGGUGGUGUCUAACAGAAACCGCCGCAUUAACUUUUCUGUCAACUCUCCUGGCUCUGAACCAAAGCUUGAGAACACCAUGAAAAAAAUCGGUUUUGUCACUCCAGAUUGUUUCAUCGCAACCACUACCCAGGGCGAAGUCCAAAUUUGCAGCAUCGAAUCUUCAGCCUCAGUGAAGAGUCAUAUCUUCAAAGAGACUGUAUCGGUGGAAGAAGAUCUUCGCUCAUAUUGUGCGAUUGCUGGUCUACCACAACAUGGGCUGGCACUGUUAGGGAAUGCAAGAGGAUCUAUACGGCUGUACAAUCACCACGACAAAUCACUGUCCAUUUUAGCGGAGACGGGCCAAAUGCCACAGGGGCUUUUCGCCCUUGACUACCAACGCAGCACAUGUGGGUCAGCAGGGACGCUGUUCUUCCUCACAUCACAUGCAAGAUUCGACAAAGCAGACUUAUUCAUGGUCACAAUAUCAGAGAAUGAGAAGCCACAAGUGAAGAAUAUAACGAUGACUCUUCCCAGGCGCUUCGUUGUGGGAAGUGCCUCCUUAGUGUAUUGUGGUGAUAAAUAUCUAGCAUUGGGCUCUCAACGAGGUUCACUGGCUAUAUACCCGAUUACCCCGGCAGAGUCUCCCUUGCAGCCUCUACUGGACGAGGUCAUGCAUCCAGAGGGCGUCAACUCGAUUGAAUCAUUCUCAUCUCUUUACGGGGGCGCGGGAAAGUCCCUGAACUAUUUCUUGACCUGCGGCCGGGAUGGCUUCUACAGUCUCCAUACUUUGUUGAAGGAUUCACAAGAAAUAGUCUCUCUCCAGACCAUCCAUCACUCCAUUCCUCUUCCAAGAUUCAAUAUGAUGGGUGUCUAUGUUGACAAAGCUUCUUGGGAUCUUAUGCUGUAUGGUUUUUCGGGCUCGGAUUUCAUUCUGUGGAACGAAUCCACAAACUCGGAGGCUGCUCGGAUGACCUGCGGUGGAUGUCAUCGAAUCUGGGCCUUCUAUCCCAGCCAUACACAGCCAGGCUCCGGUUUGCUUGUAUGGAUCCAGUCUCACCUUGUGGCUUUCCAGAUCCAGGGCGAGGCCAGACGUACUUUACGAGCUGGAGGCCCUGGAAGAGAAAUCAAAACCAUGGGCGUAUCGCCCUCGAAUGAUGAAAGAGGAACGCUCUUUGCGACUGGGUCAGAGGAUACCGCGUUGCGGAUCUUUACACCGAUAGACCCGGAGAAAGAGAGCAGAUGGGGCGCUUUCAAAUGCCUGAGGGUCCUCAUGCAGCACCAGACUGGGUUUCAGCAUAUAGACUGGUCCAGAAAUGGAAAGUUCCUCUUCACAGGAGCAGCGAAUGAGGAGUUUUUCGUGUGGAAGAUUCGCUCAAUUCCCCUAUUUGGUCUCGUAACGAAUCUGGUCGCGUCGAGCCCGAAGAGCCAUGCAAAUUCCGAUCUUCGAGUGACCAGUUUCGACAUGAUUGAGAUCGAAGGAGAGGAAAAUGAGGGCGAUUUCUUACUCUGUCUGUCGUACUCCAACUCCACACUCAGGAUCUUCCGUUAUUCCUCGUCGGCUCAUGGAGGAUUUACGCUACUGGCCAAGGGCACAUAUACAAGCAACUGCUUAACGCAGGUACAAUUUGCACUACGCGACUCGUCCUUGGUUUUGAUCACAGCUUCUACGGACGGAUACCUUACACUUUGGAAUUUGACACCGAUCAUCAAUACUUUCUUCUCGAUCGCACCUUACGACUUGACAUUACGUCUGAAGCAACCUAUAGAGGCGAUGACGACAUCUCCGGAGGAUAUUUCCUGUGAAAAUCGAUACCAGAUCCAUUCCAAUAGUAUCAAAUCAUUGGAGAUGGUGCACGUAUCUCAAGCCGCAUCGCUGAUCAUCGCUGGCGGCGACGACAACGCGUUGACACUGUCUCUCCUGAACACGAAUUUUACCUAUGCCGAAGCCAGUGAUCGUGCCUGCACUGUCUCCAUCCCGGACGCUCACGCAGCUUGUGUAACCACCGUCAAAGUCCUUAAAAAGCAUGCAUCUCCAGAUGGUACGACCCAAAUUACCGUGGCCUCGUCUGGAAAUGACCACCAGAUUAAGAUCUGGCGGGUCGAUGUGGACGCGAAUAAGGACGGGUUUGAGGCGAUUCAGGUCCGAAAUGUGGUCGACAGUUAUAGCUCCGUGGCGGACAUAUCGACCGUUGACAUCAUCCGAGACACAACGGGGGAGACUAAGCUGCUUGUCUGUGGUGUUGGCAUGGAGAUCCUGAGCCUUCGUCUGGAUCAAUUAUGA